UGUACGUAGGUCUAUAUCAUCAUUUCAUAUGGAGAGGAGACCUAAAAAAAUUUAAUUAUUAUUUUCAAAAGGAUUGGUUAUAAAGUUCAUAUAUAAAAAGGCUUCAAAUCCAACACAGGGUGAGAGACAGAGAGAUAUAAAAAAUUAAAAAAAUCAAUUUUGUUUUAAAAUUAAAAAUCCCUAAAAACUGCGAGCGUGUUGUUUGUUAGGCUAGUGAAGGGGAGGAGGAGAUGAUGAAGGAAGAAGAAGCAGUGACAUCGAACGCCAUGAACGACGACGAUACUACCAAUAUAUACAGCUGCAGUGAUUCUGAUAACAAUCGUAUCGGAGACGAUAACUGUAAUCUCAAUCAGAUCAGUCAAGUGUGGGGAACGUGGGAGGAGCUUUUGUUAACAUGCGCCGUUAAGCGCCAUGGUGAUAGCGACUGGGAUUCCGUCGCCAAGGAGGUUGGGUCGCGGAGUUCUCUCGACGCCUCCGCCUCGAAUUGCCGGCUUAGGUACCAAGAUCUCAAACGUCGGUUCCAAGAUUCCGUCGACGACGACGGAGAAAAUAAUACCGAAGCGGCUGUGGAGGAGGAUAGAGACGGUGAAAUCCCCUGGCUCGAGAAGUUACGGAGUCUUCGUGUGGCGGAGCUCCGGCGAGAGGUUCAGCGAUGUGACGACUCGAUACUGUCGCUUCAGUUAAAAGUUAAGAAAUUAGAGGAGGAGAAAGACGGAAAUGAUAAAGACAAUAAACCAGAUCUGGAAGACGACUCUGCGGCAGUUAGAUCGCGGAGCAACGAAACAGAACCGACGAGGCUUAACCGGGAGACGACGGAGUCUGACAACCGGUCGAUGAACGAGUCGAAUUCGACAGCCUCCGUCGAUAAAAUCGCCGAUCACGAGCGGUUAUGCGGGGGUAGAAAGGUUCAAGCUAACGAGAAUUCGAAAAAUCCAGAACCUGAUCCCGUUUCCAAGGCAGAGGCGGUGGAGGGAGAAGAAGUAACGGUUAGUAGAAGAUCGGAGAUGAGUCACUCGGGCGAGUUGGGCGAAUCGGGAACGUCCACAGGUCAUGGGAUGAGGAAAGGACGGAAAAAUAGAACCGGCGAGGAUAGUAGUACCGGCGGUGAUAUGAAAUCGGCCGGCAAUAAAUCACAGCCGUUGAUAAAAAUCAUUAAGCUGAUUCGGUCUCAUCCUCGUGGAUCCGUGUUCGAAUCUCGGCUUCGCAGCCAGGAGACGAAGGACUACAAGAGAUUGAUAAGGCAGCAUUUGGACAUUAAAACUAUAGAGAAGAAGAUGGAGAAAGGAUCGUACGUUUCUUCAAGUCUCUCUUUUUACAGAGACCUCAAGCUUCUCUUCACAAACGCCAUUGUUUUCUUUCCACCAUCUUCCUCCGAAUCCAUGGCUGCAAAAGAACUAAAAACUCUACUUUCUGACGAAUUGAAGAAAGCAACCGUAAAACCGGGUCACAAAGCAGAGGCUGAAUCAUCAUCGGUUACUGGACAGAAAUCCUCUGCUCCUUCUCUUGUUGCCUGUAUGAAGAAGACCUCUCCUCCGAAAAAAACUUCUCCUUCGCAAAAGACUUCUCCUUCGAAAAAGACUACUUCUCCUUCGAAAAAGACUUCUCCUUCUUCAAGCCUUAAACAAAAAGAUGAGAAGAAAUCUAUGCAAGUUUCAGAGGAGAAGACUGUGACUACUACUAAUACUGCAGCAAGAAGGUCGAGGAGAACGAGCAAAGGUAUGGAUGUUGUUUCCAAGGAUACCAAAAUGGGAAGAGCCAAAACUAAUAACAAGAGACAAAUCGAUUCGAAAACAGAUUCAUCAGAUGAUGAUGAUGAUGAUAAGGAAGAGACACCUAAGACACGGAAAAAGACAGCAGCGGUACCAUCAGAUAAGAAGAAGAGUGCGGCUGAAUUCUUGAGGCGAAUAAAAAAGAACUCUCCACAGAAAGGAAAAGAAACAACGAGUAAAGAUCAGAAGAAGAGUGACGGAAACGUUAAGAGAGAUCACAGUAAAGCGAAACCGAGAGAAUUGAGGAGUAACAGCGCGGCUAAAAAGAAGGCUGAGGUAGAGAACAACAGUAACAAGAGUUCACUGAAACGAAAACAAUCGAAAAAAGAAGCAGAGGAAGUGACUGCUGCAGCUAGAGGAAAACGAGGUAGGGAAUCAGGAAAAGACAAUCAACAGCCAAAUAAAAGAAGCAGAAGAUGAAAUCGAUUUGUACAUUUGAUAUGCCAUUAGUAUUAUUCAUCAUCAAUCCUCUAAACAUCAGUUUGUUUUGGAGGGAUUCAUAGAUCUCUUGUUAGGGUAUAUUUCUUCUCAUAAUUACCAGCUUAGUUUUUUAUUUAACAAAACCUGAAACCCGGUUUAAAAAACUUUUGGAAAAUAAAAAUCUCAAAAUACAAAGCACUAAAUUGUCUGUCACAGAACUUAAGGCCCAAAACGUUACAAAUAUGUCCUAA